CAACAACCCAAGAUGUCUGCCUUCUUGUACGCUCUACAUCGGGAGCUCUUUUGCUUGAAUGUUGAUGAUUAUGAGGUUCAAAAUGGACGGCAAUUGAAACAGAUUGCAUCUGAAUGUUGUGGGGUAAGUCUUAUUCAAUCUUUGUCCAUAAUCUCUUGCCGAAAUGCAAUAAAAAAACAUCAAAUUCUGUUUCCAUUAUUACGGAGGUGCACGGAGUUAAGCUUAUGCUUUAAGACUGAAUCCAUCAGGAAAUUGAGUAAUAUUAAUUUUAAGUGGACAAAAGCCUUGUACCAGAAUGAUUUAAAGCAUAUUGCAUUCUUUUUCACAUUUUUCAAGGGCUAAAGAUGUAAUUAGUCAUCUGUAGUAACCCCAAACUAAAUUAAUUUUCCCAUGGGAGCCCGAGAAAAUUAAUGUCAAAUUUCACAAAAUUACAUCUUACACAUGAAAUUUUUAGAAUUUUACCUUUGUUUUCACAAAUCUUGCAUGUGAAUUUUGACAUUAAUUUUCUCGGACUCCCAUGAUAAAUUUUCUUUGGUGUUAUUACAGAUGACAAAUUACAUCGUUAGCCCUUGAAAAAUGGAAAAAAACAAUGUAAUAUUCUUUAAAUUUUUCUGGUACAAGGUUUUUGUCCACUAAAAAUAUUGAUCUUUGUGUAUGCAAGUCUUCAGAUAUCACGACAAUCUUUGUUAAAGUGUUAAACCUUUCAAAUUGACAUCAAAUAUUAUAAGGUAGCUGUGGACUUCAGGGUAAAGUAAUAGCGUUUAGCCAGAUUUUAUUAAAUGAUUCAGCAAACUGUUGCUGUCUUCUUUUUAAGCAUAUACGUCGGAAGCAUAAUCUUGAAAUAUCCUAGAAAAAUAUAUGUAUUAAAAAUUUUAUCUAUUAGUUGUUUCUGAUGAAGUGUUAUUACAUUCAUUUUCAUCCACUCAAAACCAACUGCAACCCUUGUACCUGGCUGAUGAUAAAUUAUUUUUACAGUUUUGUGGGAACGUGUACAAAGUAAUGUCACUGGUCAAGUCACCAGAAAGUCAUCUUGCCCAAACCCCGGAGGUAAUUUGAGCUCUGACAGAUCAGAUACACUGCCUCUUAACCUAGAAAAACGUUUUAAAGAAAUGCACAUAACACAUUUUAAAUAAAGUGUACUUCUUUUUCUCUGAGGCUGAAAAUAGGAGGAAGAGUAAAAAGACAGUGCCUGUGCAGCUGUAUGGGUCCACAGCUUUUGACGACAUACAGUCAAACCACAAUAAUAAAGACACUGAGGAGGCCAUAGAAAGUGUCCUUUUUAAUGGGGUGUCCUUAUUAAGCGGGUUGGAUUUAGAAAAAUGUAACAGUGACAAAGCAAACUGUCCAUAAUAGUGAAGUGUCCAUAUUAAGUGGGUGUCUAUAAAGUGGUGUUUGACGGUAACUUUAUGAUCAUUGUUUGGUCAAGAUGACUUUAAUGUGACUUGGCUAUAAAUAUUUAUUAAAUGGCAGGGCAUACCAGUGGAAAAACUGUUUGUCAUUCACAAUGGCCAUGUCAUCGCAGAUAGCAGUAAAGUUCACCUUCAAGCUGGAGAUGUUUGUUACACAGCUCUGCAUCUCCCUGGUGGGAAAGGAGGGUUCGGAUCCAUGCUGCGGGCACUUGGUGCACAGAUAGAGAAGACAACAAACAGAGAAGCUUGCAGGGACUUGAGUGGGAGACGAAUGAGGGAUAUCAACGAUGAGAAAAAGUAGGAAUCCAGAGCCCAGUGGCCCUGGCGUCUAACUUUUGCCCUCAGGCGACUAGAAAAUCUCAGAUUUUUCGUACAGAUCAUAUGCUGGGCACCCUAUAUUUUACAGUUUCAGUGCACUUUUCCUUACAGCACAGCCUUGAAAUCUUUCAGCUGAUUUUUUUAAAUUUAAACAAAGGUCUCUACACAUAUCAUACUACCAUAACAGUAUGUUGCUUCCCACUGUAGCCAGAAAUGGCAACUGAGAAAACAUUGAUCUUGUUACCUUUAGUAUUUGUGACCACUUUCUUUCUUUUGGGAGUUCAUGACAACUGACCAAACUUUUUAUUGUUUUAUUGUUUUUACGUGUUUAUAUUAAGAGUAAAACCCCCUGUUACUUUUUAAUAGUAUUAGGAGACUUUUGUGGGAGUCGUUACUUUGGGGAUUCGUUUCUUUUCUGGGAUUUGGAUAGGAUUCUUCAAUAUUUUUACUCUCCCUUUGGCUUGGACUUGUAAGAGAUGUUUUUCAUGAUCUUUUGCUCAGGGAAUUUUUUCUUUGAUCUUUAUAUCUUUUAGAAUAGCUGAGUGGGUUUCUAAACAAGCUGAGAGGGAGCGUGAAAAAGAAAGACAAAAACAACUGCGGAUGGAGAGAAAGAGACAAACGCCUAAACAUACAUUUGAUGAUGCAACAUAUACACAACACAUCCAGGAAACUUGUGAACGAAUUGAAGAUGCCUUGCAGCAAGGUAAAACAUUUUCAUAUUUUCACAUUUGCUGCAGCUGUUGUUCUCUAUCCUUUAUCAAUAAAAAAUUGUCUUUUGGGAACCACCAACAGCCUUUAUGUUACUGCCCCUUGGUAACGAUCAGAAUCAAUACCCAUCCAUUCCUUCCGUCCACCCAUCAAUUCUUCUAUCUGUCUCUUCUUGUUCUGCUGAUUCUCAAAGCAAGGCUGUGGCCCCAGGCGACUAGAAGAUCUUAGUUUUUCCAUAGAAAUAUCAAGCUGAGCACCCUGGAUUUCACAGGUUCAAGGCACUGGGCUCCCUUUGAGUUUUCUUAGAGCACACCCUUGUCAAAGAGCCCUGGAACAUAAUAAAGUGAGUAAACUAUUUGCACAGGUCUUAAAGCUGCAGGAAGUUCAGCAUCAACAAGCACUUCAACAUCCUCCGAGAAAACAGCAGUCAAACGUGUCCUUGCUGAUGAACCAUCAACUUCAAGUGGAAGCAAGAAAAGCAGGAUGUUGUGAGUUUCCAUUCAUGUAUCUUUUACAAUCUUUGUCUGCCUAAAAGCGUUGGCAAUAAAUUUACUAGACACUUUAUUAUUUUUAACUAUCCCAUCUCUGUUUACAAAAAAGUCUUUUUUCUCAAUGCUCAUAUGUAAGAUCUUCUUUGGAAUUUUUGGUAGAAUGGCCAGCUUGUGUAGCAGUGCAGUAAUAAUUAUUGUAUGACAGGCUGGUGGUUAGGUUAGGUUAGGUUUGCAAGAAAAAAUGUCCUUUAGACCAGGGCAAUCACUAAGAGCUUGGGACCAGGGAUUUUCCCAGCUUCUACAGUGUUGUCAUUAAGAUUUAAUAAUGUAAGUAGCCAGGCUCUUGCGAAAAGUAACAGGUUAUUUAUCGCUUAAAGUCUUCUAUGUUUGUAAUGCUUGACUUAUUUAGAAACUUUGAGUGGCCGGUUGAUUUUACUACAGUAGCCUACUAAAAAGGCGGCUACUGGCUACAAAUGACAGCCCUGCUUCUAUGAGCAUUACCUCCAGCUACUUCCAUAGGAAACAAAAGGGAAAUAGAACCUAAUUAAGUAGACCUGAAAUCUUAGUGACAACCCUAUUAAAGUGAUUUGAUGAAGUGUUCAGUAAUAUGGCAAGCUGGGAAUGUGGGAGAGCACUUGGGAGGCUGGGAGGUGUUAGUGAUUUGGAACACUACCCUUUUAAAAACUACCAUAAUGUUUACAGGACUAAACAAUUUUUUGCUUCUUACUGACUAAGUGCAGUUUUUUUUUGUUGUUGUUGACUGACUUAGUACAGCUAUACCACGCAAUUGGUGCCUCUCUCAAUAAGUUGUAUGACAAUAACAGGGAAACCUUUUUUGUCAUUAAGGUACUCAGGAAUGCUAAUAAAAUGUUAACUGUUUGUUUUGAACCAAAAUCUUAAGACUAUAUUAUUAUAAUCCUUUUAGCAACUGCUUGUAAAACUGCCGUAAAAAGUACACCCAAUAGUUGUGACUGUCAUUGUUCACAUUCAUAGGUACCAAACCAUUUUUAAAGUUUCUGUCAUUUAUUGAAACUUUAGAAGAACCGUUUUUUGUCAUGUUUUUGUCCAGGUUAGGAAUGGAUGAUCUUGACAGCGAUGAAGAUGAUGACGUGUUAGUUACUUCAAGAGAUGAAAGUAAAGAUAUUCCUGCAUUGUGUACUUCAACUACUACAUCAUGUACCAGCACCCAUGUUGAACCCUCAACAUCAUAUAACAAUUUUGAAAACAGACAUUGCAUGGAGACUGGAGCAGAGGAAAUUGUGGGAGAGAAUGAGUUGGAAGGAGAAACCAAAGAUCAAACAAAAGAUUUCCAGGAAAAAGACUCUGAUUCACCGCUAGAAAAAAUAAACCAAGGAGGAGGGCCAAGAGAAGAUAGAGUUAGUGAAAAGGACAAGGUUCCCGACAUACAGCCUGCAGAAAAGGUGAGUGAAGUAAAAGUGUAACAUGUUGUAGUUCACAUUAAAAUAUUAUUCUGAGUGUAAUGCAUUAUCAUCAAAAUGGCAAGCAAGAAAGGAAAACAGUGUGUCGUAACCCAGGAUUGAUUUUGUGUAUGACUGUCAUCAGGGUUGUCAAAAGUAGCCGGCUGCCGGUGAAAAUUCCCGCCUAUUUGGUUAGUAUCGGCCAGCUACUCUGCUUGGCAUUUCUUUAUGGAUGGCGUUUUUUAAAUUAAAUAUCCCUGGACUAGCCGCUUACUUUGACUACUCAGCCAUCUACUUCAAAACUUUCUGACAACCCUGCUAUUAUACACUAUACAUUGCAUGAUACCAGGAGGAAACAUAAGAACAGUGAAGUAACUUUUCUUCUUGUAGGUUAAGCUUUGUCUGGAUGACUACACUUCAGCAGAGCAACUUGAAUCAGUAGGAAUGCAAUGUCUUAAGGAGGAGCUGAUGACAAGGGGGCUCAAAUGUGGUGGGACAUUACAGCAAAGAGCUCAGCGGCUGUUUGCUACCAAAGGUGUUCCUCUGGACCAGCUGGAUCCUUCAUUCUUUGCUAAACCAACAGGGAACAAGAAAUCAAAUGGAAAGAAGAAGUAAAGGAGUCCUUCACCUCUAGAAUUUUGAUUUUCCAGUCUAAGCAAACAGGCUCAGUGUUGAAGUUAUGAAAACACUACUUGCCAUCCUAUGAUUGAAUAGUUUAUCAUUCUGAGAAUUGGUACCUACAAUAAGUUGCCACAACUUAAGAUGAAGAUUUUGGGAUGAGUUUAACUGAGUGCAAGCUUUGUGUACUCAAGCUUUUACAGUUCUGCUUUCUUCUAUUUCUUUCUUUUUCUUUCACAUGCCUAGAGAAAGUUGUUCAUUACAUUGUAUUUUUUCUUAGAUUUUAUUGUCUCUUCUCUUUUUUAAAAAAGUAAAUGAGCUGUACAUGUACCUGGAGUCAACAAUAAUUAUUAUUAUAAACAUUGAACCAUGAACAAUGUUUUAUUUCAGGUUAAAUGCGACAAC